AAGGCCCCGAGAGCAGCGAGGGCCUUUCGGCCCAUAGGGGGAGCAAUUUGCAAAAGCCUUUUGGUCGAGCUGCGAGCUUUCAGUGGAAGAGGAAGUGGUGCAGAAGCCGAGAGACAGCCUGCGCCCCGAGAGACAGCCUGCGCCCCAAUGCAGCGUGCCCUCACCAGCAUCCUGCGCCUAACACGGCUCUGGAGGCCCCUUCAGGCCCGCGGCUGCUCCUCGGUCGGGGCGACUGGGGUCCCCGAGAUCCAAGUGCACGCCCUGGCGGGCCGGGACCAAGGAAUCACUGAGAUUAUCAUGAACAGACCGCAUGCCCGCAAUGCGCUGGGAAAAGUCUUGGUCAGUGAGCUGCUGGAAGCUGUGGCCCAGCUGCGGGAGGACCGGCAAGUACGUGUCCUGCUCUUCAGAAGUGGAGUGAAGGGUGUGUUCUGUGCAGGCGCAGACCUGAAGGAGCGGGAGCAGAUGAAUGAGGUGGAGGUGGGGGUCUUUGUUCAGCGGCUCCGAGGCCUGAUGGAUGAGAUUGCAGCCUUCCCAGUACCCACCAUUGCAGCUGUGGAUGGGUUUGCCUUGGGUGGAGGCCUGGAACUUGCGCUGGCCUGUGACCUCCGAGUAGCAGCAGCUUCUUCGGCAGUCAUGGGGCUAAUUGAAACCACCAGAGGGCUCCUCCCGGGAGCAGGAGGGACUCAAAGGCUGCCUCGAUGCCUAGGCGUGGCUCUGGCAAAGGAGCUCAUCUUCACGGGCCGAAGACUGAGUGGGGAGCAGGCACAGGCCCUGAGGCUGGUCAACCACGCUGUGGCCCAGAAUGAGGAGGGCAAUGCCGCCUAUCACCGGGCACGAGAACUAGCCCAGGAGAUCCUGCCCCAGGCCCCCACUGCUGUGCGGCUGAGCAAAGUAGCCAUUGACCGAGGAAUGGAGGUGGACAUUGCAUCAGGGAUGGCCAUUGAAGGGAUAUGCUAUGCUCAGAAUAUCCCUACCUGGGACCGGCUAGAGGGCAUGGCAGCCUUCAAGGAGAAGCGGCCCCCCAGAUUUGUGGGCAAGUGAUUCCCAUUUAACCUUAAACAUGGGAGAUGCACACUUUAAAGUGCAGGAUCCAGAAGGAAAAUUGGCAGCAUGACUGCUCUCAUCAUUUCACCUCUCUGGGCUUCAGUUUCCUCACAAGGACAAUGAUGGAUAUAAGAUGAUAAGUACAAUGCCCAGUACUAGGGUGCUGACCAUGCCACCUACUGCUAUCUUCAUUAUUCCUCACCCUGGGUAGACAAUCACUGGGGUCAGGUUCGCUUUAGAGAAUACCUGUCUCUCUUUACUAGAAUGAUAAACUAAGAAUUAGACCCUUCUGGGCCUUUGUAUUGUUGGCUCUCAGGCAGAUAACCUCUGUCUCUCAGUUAUCACGUGCUCACCAGAAGUGGCAAGAGGUUGUAAGAGUUUCUAACUCUGUAUAAUAGAGAUCAUAAAGAAGUCCUGGUAGAGGCUGAGUAGGAGCCAGGAAUCAGACUACAGGUCUAGCUCUCUGCCAGUUAUUCACUGUGUGCCUCAACUUCCUCAUCUGCAAAAUGAAACUGUUGCGAAGAUUUUAAAUAAAAUGCCCCAUGUUCAAUAAA